GAGCUCUCCUCCCCCAAUCCUCUAAUCGUCCUUUUCGUAGUUGAAAUUUAGGCUGGAUGUGGUGGGGAUGGGUUUGAUCCCUUGCCCGUGGACUUGGGAGGGUGCGAAGAUGGGGGGAUUUCUUCCCAAUCGGGAUGGAGACGGGGAGUUUCUUUUUUUUAGCAGGGGGAUGGGGGUGGUGGCGGGUCUCUCGGUUGGCAUUAGCCAGGGCGGCUGUCUGCCUGUCUCGGAAUUGGUUUAGAGUACAAGGUGGAUUUAAUUUCUUCUCUAGUGAAGAAAGACUUUCUUCGAGGGCACCUAUCUACUUCUUUCCGAACUGUUUCAGAGUAAUAUAGUAUUGUUACUCUUUGAUUUCAGUGUGCAAGUUAACGUUUGUGUUGCUAACACACACAAAAAAACGUUUGUGUUGCUUCACUUCUCUGCAUGCCACAGGUACUAACAAUUGUAAUCUAGCUGCACGUCAUCACAAAUUCAAUGGCAGAUCGCUGGCUGGAGCUGCCCAAUCUGGCCCUGCAAGUGGUGGGGAUCUUACCGGAGGUCCAGAGGCCUAGCAGCAUGGUCCCUCGCUGCCAGAAGGUGGCUUACACGGCCAUUUCCCUCCUCAUCUACCUUGUCGGCAGCCAACUGCCUGUGUAUGGAUAUGGAGUCCGUUCUCCAUCGGUUGCUGACUCUCAGUACUGGGUUGACAUGCCCGACUGCAACUCCGUCAUGUCUGCUGGGAUCAUGCCCCUUGUUCUGUCUGAGGCGGUGCUUCAUUUCCUGCUGUGGUGUAAGGUUCUUAGAGCAAACAAUCCUGAGGACCGGAUGCUCCUGAGUCGGGUGCAGAAGUUGGUUGGGAUAAUUUUUGCCGCUGAUUUCUCAGUCUGCAGGGUGCUAAUUUCACCUAUCUUGGGCAAACUGACCUUAGGGCAGUCAAUUCUGAUCGUGCUUCAGCAUUUCUUUGGAAGUGUCAUCGUCAUUUAUCUUGAUGAUCUCCUUAAAAAGGGAUAUGGGUUUCUUUCGAGUAUCCCCUUGUUCAGUGCCACCGACAUUUGUACAAGUAUUUUCUGGAAAGCUUUUAGCCCCUGUAUCAUAAAGCUAUACGGUGGGCAGCAUGGUGAUCAACAUGGGGAAGCUCUCACUUCCUCCCUUAUUCAUCGAUUCGUUGGUAAUGGAAACUACAAAUUGUCUUCGAUGCAUAAGGUGUACGGAUGUCGAGACCUCCCGGAGAUGGCUAGUGUGCUUUCCACGUGCGCCUUCUUUCUACUCGUCCUCAGCCUGCAAGGCUUCCAUGCCAUGUUGCCACUGAGAUCCAGUGAGGUGCCUAGUAUGCAAAUGAACUAUGCCAUCAAGCUUUCCUACCUGUCCUUUGCACCCCUACUCUUCCAGGAUGUAAUGGCCAUAUUCCUAUACAUCAUCUCAGAGUUGCUGUACGUGAAGUUUGGUGAAAAGAACAAGGUGGUCAUUUUGCUGGGCAAAUGGAAGAAAUCCAGAUAUUUUGGGCAAGCAGUUCCAGUCAGUGGCUUAGCCUACUACGUUACUACACCACCAACCUUGGCUGAAGUAGGAAGACACCCAUUCCUCACACUGGUUUAUGCGCUGUGGCAGCUUCUGGGGUGUGGCCUUACGUCAUUUUCCCUUUUCAGUGCGUUGGCAGGUUGCUUGGGGAGCGACGAAAUGUAACAGUCGCCCAGCCGGACUCUGUUCCUCUGCAGCUAUGGAGGUGCUAUGUAGGCAAGGCAGCGUUUCUUGUAGGACUCUGCAUUGGUGCACUUACGCUUCUGGCAGACCUUGCUGGCGUGGUCGGCUCUGGCACCGGGAUCAUGUUCGCCCUCACUGUCUUGUACUCGUGCUUGGAAGAGACCAGUUAUAGAGGAGGGCCAGCUGGUGCCUUUGGUUUCUAAGAGUAUGAUAGGAUCCACGACCGCCUCAGUUUCAGUCUGGUGUUGUUUGAGUUAGUGUUGUUAUAGUGUUAUAUAACGUUACUGGUCUUCCCUCUCACGAUUAUCACAGAUAGACUAGAGAUACUAGAAUGCCCGUGAGUUGCUACGGGCUUUUUAAAAAAAUUAAGGGUGCGUUUGGAAGCCAAAGUAUUUUUGUGGUUUUCUGGAAUACUGUGGUUUCUGGAAAAAACUUUGGUAUUUAAUACUUUGAGUCGUUUGGAUGAAAAAAGUACUGCAGUUCAACAAA